AUGGCUCUAGUAAAAAAAGCAUUACUGGAGACACCUGCUUCAUUUUUAUUGGCAAAACGAUUCCGGGGAAAAGUUAAUAUCCAAAAACCACGAAAACCCCACUUUGAGAAGCAACUUUUGCUCGAUUUGACCAAACCCCACUAUGGACCUAAAAAGAGUUCUUUGCCAGAUAUAUUUCUUUGUGAUAAAGGAAAAGUCCUCUUUUCAAAGGAAGACAUCGAUAACCCUUUCGAAAGAAUAUUGGCAAGAGAAUGUUUGAAUUGGUUUAACACAUCGAAAAUGGUGGUAUUUCUCCACAUGAACUCAAUCAGUAUGGAGGAUAAAACACCAGUUUACGCUGCACUAAAGAAGAAUAAUAUGAAUUUAAGGACUUACGGAAAGAAAAUUGUAAGCAUGGCAACCAAGGGAACUCGUUAUGAAGCUGUUAAUCAAUUGUUUACAUGUCAUCAAAAUAUUAUAUUCGGACAGCCAGAAAACGCUGCAAAGAUGUUCAAAAUACUCAAGAAGACACCUCAAUUGGUUGUCAUGGCCGGAAUCAUUAAUGAUAAAUUACUAUCAAAGAACGAGCUCGUCCAGUUUAGUAAAUUGCCGAGUCUGGAGGUAGCGAGGAGUCAGCUGUGCUCAGUUCUACAGAGUGCCGGUUCCUGUCUCGUGGGACAGUUGAACCAGAAUCAACAAAUGUUGGUGUCACAUCUUGAACAGCACAUAGAAAUACAAAACAAACCUGCUGAUAGUGAAAAUAAAGAUAAAACAGAGAGUUAA